UAAGGUUUUGAUUGGCUUUCCAAAGAGGCAGUGUCCUAUAAAUUGCCUUCUCUGCUUUGCUUCUGCCUUCUGCCACCAGCUGAGACCCAGCACACCUGAAAGGAGAAGAUGCCAAUCAUCAGGAACCUGGGCAGAGCUGCCAGCCAGCUGCUGCAGAGCUCUGGCUGUGGCUGUGGGGUGUCCCUGGUGCCUGUCAGGGCCAUUGGGGUGUCCCCACGCCAGGUGGCCUCUGAUGCCAGCUUCCACUCGGUGACAUUCUCUGAGUCAGAUCACCCCCGAGUGCUAAUCACAGGUGGUCUUGGCCAGCUCGGCGUGGGACUUGCAAAGCUGCUGAGGAAACGCUUUGGAAAGAACAAUGUGAUCUUGUCUGACAUCAGAAAGCCUGCAGAUAAUGUUUUUUAUAGUGGUCCUUUUAUCUUCGCUGAUAUCCUGGACUACAAGAACCUGCGGGAGAUCGUGGUCAACAACCGCAUCACGUGGCUGUUCCACUACAGCGCCCUGCUCAGCGCCGUGGGAGAGGCCAACGUGCCCCUGGCCAGGGCUGUCAACAUCACUGGUUUACACAAUGUUCUGGAUAUUGCAGCUGAGCAUAAUUUGAGGCUCUUUGUUCCAAGCACCAUUGGAGCCUUUGGACCCACCUCUCCUCGAGAUCCAACUCCUGAUAUCUGCAUUCAGAGACCAAGGACAAUCUAUGGAGUCUCCAAGGUCCACGCUGAGCUCAUGGGAGAAUACUACCACUACCGCUAUGGGCUGGAUUUCCGCUGCCUCAGGUACCCUGGGAUUAUCUCUGCUGACUCCCAGCCUGGGGGGGGAACAACUGAUUAUGCUGUCAAGAUUUUCCAUGAUGCCAUCAAGUCUGGCAAGUUCAAGUGUUACCUGAGGCCGGACACCCGGCUGCCCAUGAUGUACAUCGACGACUGCCUGAAGGCCACGCUGGAGGUCAUGGAGGCUCCUGCUGAAGCCCUGACCAUGAGGACCUACAACAUCAAUGCCAUGAGCUUCACUCCUGAGGAGCUGGCCCAGGAGGUGCAGAAGUAUGUCCCUGAGCUCCAGGUGACCUACAACGUGGAUCAAGUCAGGCAGGCCAUAGCUGACAGCUGGCCCAUGAACUUCGACGACAGCAACGCCCGCAGGGAUUGGGGUUGGAAACACGAUUAUGACCUCCCUGAGCUGGUGACCACCAUGUUUAGCUACCUUGGCUCUGACUCUAGGAUUGCCCAAGCUAACUGAAAUGCUUUCAGAUGUUUCCAGAUUGCCACAGAGGACCAGGAAGAAAUUUUAGUUUGGAAUUUUCUGAGGCUUAGAGCGUGUCAGUUACUCAUUUUCGUAAGUAGUGACAGAGUUGGGCAGAAGCAUCCUGCAGCUGGAAUGGCCUUUAGAUUAACAACAGCACUGGGUGCUGUCCCCACACACAGCACUGCUGACAAACACAGUUCUUGAACUUUCACACUUAGGGAAAACCACCCAAAGUAGCACUUACUCCUGGCUGAUGGCUCUCCAAUCAUUCCUGCCUCUUCCUUGGCAAACAGCAUGGGGUAGCAUUGUCCAGCCUGGCCUUUCAGGCAAAUCCCAAAAAAUUAAUGAUAGGUUUUCCAUUUUCCUGGUGGAGGAUGUUAGGUUGUAGCAAGAUCCUUUUAACUCUUUGCUUCAUCAGAAGAGCUGUUUCAUAUUUCCAAAUUGCAAGGGGUUGUUGCAAUUCUAGUUUGUAAUCAAACUUUGCCCAAUAGCUCCUAUUUAUAUCUCUCUUUAAUGCUGUCUAAGCAUACACUUUUCUAUACCAAGGGCAUACAGAGUAGCAUUCUUAUGAUGCUGCUUAUAAAUGUGAAGUGGAAUAGAACUUGAAUUCUCAUCAUGCUUUAAAAACCCAGGGUUUACAAGCAAAGCUUUGUCCUGUUCUCUGCAAGUGUCACUGCCUUCAGUGUAACCUCAGAGGGAGAGCUGAAAUCUGAAGAGCUGCUCCAUGGCUGUGAGUUUAGGUGGGAUUUCAGGGAGGCCAAGCCCCUGGCUGGGGUUUUUAGCUGUACUUCUGGUUCUCCCAGUUGUUUGGUGUCCCUGCAUAGUGACAGAUUGCCUGGAACAAGUUUUGAAGGUGAGCUGGGGAUGGAGCCUUAGAGUCAGAUCAGCCUUGGAAAUCUUUCCUGUUUCACCCCAUUUUCCACGUGCACUGUGUUUGGAGAUGCUGUUUGUAUGUAACUCAUGCCCUUUUAUUCUUCAGAGAGGAAUCCAGAAGCUGAAACCAUCUUCUAGCUACAGCUAAGGGCUGCUCUGCUCGUUGAGUUUCAUGCACAGGAGAUUCUGGGAUGAACAAGGGAGUUUUAGUAGAUGUGUGAGAGGAAGAGGUGUCAGUUCAAAAGCUACUUAGGAGACUUCAGGAAAUGACAAACUGGAGAGACAGGGAAGUCAUUGUAGGUAAAAUACCAGUUUCUAUGGAUGUGUGUCUGAGCUGUCAGUUGCUCUAGCUGAGAAACAGCCUCUGGGAGCUUUGGACUGUAUUUUUUUUCAAAGAAAAAAUAUCUUUCAUUUUCAAAAUGACUGGAAAUUCCCUACAGAAACCUUUCUUUUUCUUUUUUUUUUUUUUUUUUUUUUUUUUUUUUUUUUUUUUUUUUUUUAAAUUUGUAUACUCCAGUAGUGUGUGUAGUAAAAACAUUCAAGUAUUUUUUUUUUUGCCUACAACUUGUUUGCUCUGUUUUCUGUGACUGUGCUUUGGUGGUUGUGAGUCUGUUGUGUUUCUCUGUAACCCUGCCAUGCUCAGACUUUUGUCUCUUUGUGCAGGAGUUCUCCUGCAGGGAAUGUGUUUCCUCACAAAAGUAACCUUCCAAUGAAGAUUCUGUGGUGAAACCCAGUUAUUGCAAACAUUUGUUACACUUGUAUCUCUUGGUUUUGUACUUCUUUUAUCCUUUCAUCCGUGGGCAAAGUAGGAAUUUCCCAGGUAUUUAAGCUCAAGGGUCGUGGCUGUUACUGAAACAUUUUUUUAUUGUUUACGUUGCUGAAAGGACAAGUUUUUAAACUUUGGCCACUGUUGUAACUCUCACCUAGCUCAAGUGCAAUUUUUGGCCCAAUGGGCCAGUGAAGUCAGCCCUCCCUUCACACCCUGGAUUAUCUCCCAGGGACCUGGAGCCAGCAGAUGAAGGGCUGGAAAGGAGCUGAAGUGUCUUGUCCACUCCUCAGUGCCUCUGUUUCACCCUUGGGAAGUGUAAAAUAAAGGGUUGCUGGUGGCUCUCACUCCAUUUCCUUACAUCACUCAAAGUCCUGGGUCUGAUCCCCUCAUCCUCAUUCCCAGCUCCAGUUUAGUUGAAUCAACAAGAGGGAGGAGCAGGAAUGUUCUUUGUUCUGAAACACUGUCCUUGGUGAUGGAAUUACACAGAAUCCUUGGAACAGGUGUCACAGCAAAGGGGAAAUACAAACCUAUGGAAUUUUGAACACAGUUUUGUUUUUCCUGCCAAGAUGUUGCUGGCCUCAUUUAUGGCUGCCAUUUAAGCAACUGAAUUUUUUAAAAAUCUGAAAUAAACCAUGUUCCAAUAGAGGGUGGUCUGGAGGAAACUGGUGACAAUCAGGGAAUGUUAUUAAAUGUGUCUCCAAGGUCCACACCCUGUUUGAAAUUCUCAUUUUCAGUCUCACCAAUGAUCUGUAUAUUUUUCCCCACCAUGUCUUUCAUGUUAACUUCUCUUGUAAUGAUGUCACAAUUCUUUUUCUGUAUUAAACCAACUUGAUGUGGUACAAGAUAUCUACCUUUUGUUAGCAGUUGGAAGUUUGACAUCUGGGCAGAGACUUCCUUUGUGACACUUGAGCACUGUGACUGUUAAAUUACCUAUUCAGGACAAAAAAAAAAAAAGUAAAAAAAAAAGCUGUUAAGAAUAUUUUUUCAACUAUUGUUAGUUGUGGGUAAUGCCUACUUUAAUAAAAUCCUUUGCAGGUGGA